CGUUUGUCUUGUUCGAUUAUGGUUUUGUUUAAUAGUGAUACAAUAUAUUUUUCUGUGGUACAUAAAUAUACGCAUUGAUAAUAUACUAAUAACUAAAAAGUGGUCAUUUAAGCCCUAUUUACUCUAGUGUUGGUAGCCUGUUACUCUACAUCAUUAAAAGUCAUCUUUUUUGAAAUAUCUUAUUGGAAAUAUACGGCAUUAUUCGGAGCAGGAAAACUACUUGGUGCUUGUAUAGAUUGCCUUAGACCUUAACGACAUUUACACAAUAGUAUUACAAUGCAACAUCCUCGUCGUACUUCAGAGUUCCAUGAUGAUAUUGGCACGGCCACUAAGCGGAACUCGCGGAGCACUCAAUCGCGCCCAAGCCGCAUUGCACGACCACACUCAAUGGAGCGGCAAAAUGCAGGACUGCCUAGUUCAGCCCCUCGGGGCAGCAGAACAACACCUCAGAAAUCACUGCAGGUGAAUGGUGUUACAGAUGCACCAGGCACUGCAAACAAGUACUCAAGCAGAACAAGCCGCAUUGCACGACCUUCAUCGAUGGAACGUCAAACACUAGGACUGCAAAGUUCUGCGUUACGCGGUACAAGAACAACUCCACAGAAAACACCAACUUCAAAUAGCAAAAUUACGCGUGUGCUUUUCACUGCCGAAAAACAGCGCAAUGCUCACAAUGAUAAAAGGUGGGUACAAGAGCGAGCUCAACAGAUUUCAGAAUAUUUACGGGAAACCGCCAAACCAGGUGCAGUGCACGGUUUACCAAGUGAAUUCUUUGCGCGUAGUGGUUGUCUGCGACAAAUGUCAACCAAGCAAUUUGUAGCAAUUGUCAAUCAUUUCCUACACUUCAUUUGGGGUACUCGCUUCACAGUGGGUAGUAAUUAUGUUGAUGAUAUCAUUAAUAUUAUGCAAAAGUUGCAAUAUCCACACCAAAUAAACAAAUCAUGGUUAAAGACACCGAAUACAACUCACUCAUUUGGUUUUGUAAUAGAAUUGUUUGACUUUUUUAUGGAUUUUGUGCCACCAAAAAAUGAAGAGGAAGCAAUCGAAAUGGAAUUUGAAUUUCAAGAUCCCGAACAUUUAAACCAAAAUUCACUAAUGCAAGAGUCACCCGAUGCCGAAUUCACAGCGCUAGUAUUACAAAAUUCAGAAGAGGGUUUCAAACUCUGGGAUAAACAACUGGAAGAUGAAUUAUUCAAUCUGCAGCAGCAGACAUGUGAUGUACUAAUUUACAAACGUUGUGGCAUACAAGAUGUGACAUCGCUAGAUGCGCAUUUGGAUGAGCUAAGAAAUGAAUUAAGCGAUGUGCGAAAAAAACGUCCACAUAUAAGCGAGGAAGAUGAAGAGCGUUGCCUUCGUUUCAAAAAUGAGCUCAGAGAAACAAGACAACAGCUCGAUAUAGCACAGGAAACGCUUGAAGUAACGACAAAAAAACUUAGUGAAUUACAAACUGAACGACAAGAGUGCAAAAGUGACUUUAUGCAAAUGUUGGAAAAAGUUGAAGAAAUAAAAAGUUCUCUCGCCAAACAAACAAUAAGUUCAGAACAACGUGACACUUACAUCCAAGAACUAGAGCAACGAAAGUACACACUGCAGUGCAUGGAACGCACACUACGCGAUGUGGAGGGUCGGCAGCAUCAUCAACAAGUCUUAGUAUCACGUCAUAAAAAACAACUAACUGAUCAAAUCUCCAAAUAUAAUGAUCACAUACGUGCGAUUAGCUGCACUAAAUUGGCGUGUGAUGCCGGUGCUCUCCAAUUGCCACUCCACCCACAAAUUGAAGAUGUUAACGAGUGCUUGAAGUUGUUAGAGAAAACACGAGCAGCUAAGCAACACAAACAACAACAAGCCAUGCAACAAGAGCAAGAACUGGAAAAGCAAGCGCAGGAGCUUAAUCAUAAUAUAAUAUCAUCUUUAAGACCGAAAUGUGCUGAAUUAGAAACAGCGCUCAAACACGCUGAACGUAAUAGCAAAGAAUUUGCCAAGAAAAUGCAUAAACAAAGUUCUGCAAUGAAGGCACAAUUGCAGGAAUUGGAAGCACAUCUGCAACAGUUAGAAGUCGAUUACAAGUCUCUGCAGAAUACAAAGCAUGAGAAGCAAAUGUUGUUGGAAAAAUUUGAAAAGCAAAAUGAAGAAUUAAUGAAUCGUGCUGAAGCAGAAUAUAAAGCGGCAGCAGAUGAGCGCGAGGCGAGUCUUAAUGAAUAUGAGAAAAAGCUUGAACAGGCAAAUGCGAUUUUAGUGGAAUUCGCAGAUGAAAUUGAAAAACGUGAUUUAUUAUUGAAGCGCAUAGAGGAAGAGAAGGUAAAAGAAUGAAUUAUGCUUUUAUUAUAUUUUAUUCGGUUUUUUUUUAAUAAGUUUAAUGGAAUGGAAUUAUUAGUUUAUAUGUUUUUCGGUUUGAAUAUUCUCAAUAUUAAAUACACAAUUUAUUGGAAUAUACAAGUAUACAUAAUCAUGUUACAUACAUAUAUAAUUUAAUUGCUACAUUUAAAUAUUCUCAAUAACUUGCCCAAAUACAAUGUUCUAUGUUCAAA